GCGGCUUUGAAAACGAAUCUAUCGGGAUUAGUUUUGACGGUAGAACUCGGAUAUUGACUUCGUCGCACGUCAACAAUGUUGACUAGUUUAAGGAGCGCGGGAGUGGUGACAGGUCCUCAGUGAUUGCAGCCGACUGGCUGUCCCCUAAUAUCCUCCUGCACCAGCCUUUGAAGCGAGGCCAGGAGCGUGAACUGCUGUCCAGCCAGAAAGACUCCUCCCUGUCCCUCCUGCUACGUUCAAAGCCUCUCCCAACACACAUUCGGCUGCCAAGGACACACAAAGUUACUCAGACAAGGAACCGAGAAAACAGAGAGAUAGCGGGAUUUUAAAGGACCAUUCACCAAAGGCAAUAAUUUGGUCCUAUAAAUCCUGAAAGGGAUUAUUCUACUUUACAGGGCAUAAACAUGGGGAACCAGUUAACAGAAAUUGCCCCCAACACCCCGUUCCUCCCUAGCUUCCAGUCAUUGCAUGUAGUGGUGAUUGGUUUGGACUCGGCCGGAAAAACCUCCCUCCUCUAUAGACUCAAGCUACGGGAGUUUGUUGAGACGAUCCCCACCAAGGGAUUCAACAUGGAGCGGAUUAAAGUACCCAUGGGGAACACCAAAACCAGCAUUACCACAUUCCAGGUGUGGGAUGUUGGUGGUCAGGAGAAACUGAGGCCCCUCUGGAAGUCGUACACCAGGAGGACGGACGGGCUGGUAUUCGUGGUGGAUGCAGCUGAGACAGAGCGCAUGGAAGAGGCCAAGGUGGAGCUCAACAGGAUCACUCGGUCGGCGGAGAACCAGGGAGUGCCCAUAUUGGUUCUGGCAAACAAACAAGAUGUGGAUGGGGCCAUGUCGGCUUCAGAGAUAGAAAAGGUGCUGGCCCUCCAUGAACUGAGUUCAUCCACACUGCACCACACACAGGGAUGCUCAGCGCUGGAUGGUCAGGGUCUGCAGCCCGGCCUGGAGAAACUGUAUGAAAUGAUCCUGAAGAGGAAGAAGAUGCUCCGACACAGCAAGAAGAAGAGAUGAGGGGGAGGGGGUCACAGGGAUGCUGCUGAUAGAGGUUACUCUCUGAACCUCCGCUUGUCUGAGGAACUUCUCACCAGUCAUGUCUGUGACACUUGCAACUUCAAUGGGUGAAACCAGAGGAAAGUCCUUCAGAAAAGUUUCGACAUUUCCAACCAUUUCAAACUUUGCCUCUGAAGCCUGUGCCCAUUGUCAACACCUUCCUUCAUCUAUUUGGACAGACCUGCUUCUUUUAAGAUUGUUUCUUGCUCUUGAGCACUCUUCCCUUUCUUCAUCUUCAUCUCCAGUCCUUAAAGGAUCACGGUGGGGAGACUUAAAGCUCCAGAGGGACAGUGCAGAGGGAAUGACGAGGAAAAACAAGUGCAAUAUAUGAUGAACCCUCAUUCCGACAUUGAAGGAUAUUUUGUACCACUACUUAUACAAACUUGUAGUUCCAAAAGAAACCCGCAGACCUGGCCUGAGCCUAGUUCCCAUUCCUCUCACAAAGUUCAAUGUCACUACUUUCUAUAUAUCUUUAUGUUGCACGAUGUUCACCCAAAUACCUGCUUGGGAAUAUUAAGCAACACCUUUGUUGAUCAAAAGAACACUUUUAUAAUUAUUGUUGGUUAGAAACCGCCCAGGGUUCAGUUAGGUAUGUCAUUGGGACCAGAGUUAAGAUGUGCCACCAAUGUUACAUUUAGAGACUGACACACUGAGGCUGCUGAAUCCAGUCAUGCAAGUCUAGUUUGUUAUUCACUCUUCAACAGAGUGGUCUGCUCGUCACAGUUCAGUGUAAUUCAGGGUUGGAUGAUUGGUUGGUAAUUUCAAACAAGAAAUUGUUUUUACAUUGUGUACAUAUUGUUUUGUAAAAUGUUAACAAAUUAAAUAAAUUAUUUAGCAACUUUGGCA